AGCAUUUUCACGCAUUAGCCAGCAGCUAAGGAAGAAAGGUAUUGGAAAACGAUGGCGAAAUCGUCGGCUUUGGCGAAAUGGAUUCUGAAUCCGGCCCAAAAUCCUCUCGCCGCUAUGCACAAGAAUUCCGUGUCUACUCGCCUUCGCAGAUACGGGUUGCGGUUUGAAGAUCUGUAUGAUCCGAUGGAAGACGUGGACAUCAAAGAAGCCCUAAAUCGCCUUCCUCGUGAAAUCGUGGAUGCUCGCCACCAGCGCAUCUUGCGGGCCAUGGAUCUCUCAAUGAAACAUCAGUACCUUUCCGACGAACUACAGGCCCAGCAGACCCCAUUUAGGAGCUAUCUGAAAGAUAUGCUGCAACUGGUGAAGAAAGAGAGAGCAGAGCGUGAGGCUCUGGGAGCUUUGCCUCUUUAUCAGCGGACUCUUCCAUAAGUUUGAUAUUUCCUCUGCUCUCUUAGUUUAAUGGUUUUGAAAUUCCGUGUGAUGAAUAAUAUCUGGCACAUUUUGUGGGUGGAAAAACCUCACCAACUGCAACUAAUGAGAUUCUGAAAACCACAUUUUAUGCUUCUUCUGCAUCAUUCUUGUUGGGUCUGUGGGACCUUUUUCUUUCUAGUUAGAUUCUUCUGUUCAAUUGCUUAUCGAAAGUUUCUGCACCCAAAUGGCAAGGAAUCAUGAACUGUGAUUUUGGUAAUUGUUUGUAGUACAACUUUUGCUAAACUUACACAUUUCUGUGAUAAUACUUGGAUGACAGGUUUGCAAAGAGUGCAUUUAUACUCUUUUAUUUCGAUAUCUUGAGAGCCAAAAGUUUGUUGUCUUUUCUGUGGAAGUCACUUUGUUUAACUAGAAGUAGAUUGCCAAAUUGACUUAACAUUAGAUGGAGCGGAAGUGUUGAUAAACUAAAAUGCUUUGAAUCUGUGAAACCAACACUAUCGCUUCUGUCUGGGUAAUUCAAAACUAGUUUUUAGGCAUGGCAGAAGUUUAUGGACCAAAGUGCUUUCUUGAUAACGAUUUCCGGAAAAAUUAGCAAGGAUUUGGAGUAACCAAGGUCAGAGAACAGAAACGAAAAAGAUGGCAGCAAUCCGUAAUUCAGUGUAUUAUUUCAGCAUAACUGAUAGGAACAAACCUUUCAAAUGAAAUUCGUAGUUUUAGCAAUGAAAAGAGUGCACGAGGAGCAGGAUAAAGUGACUAUACUGCUCAUUGCUGUAGCAUCCACCAAAGGAAUUAACAGUUUUACAUUGGGGUUUUGCCAAGUAAAAAAUCUAACAAUACGGAAUUAGCUUUUAGUAUACUUAGUAGUAACAUUUUGUACUGGGAGGGAGUCCUCCACUAAUCCACUUACUAAUUACAACGGAAGUAGAUAUUCUGAGUUACAUGCACCAACGACAACGAGGAUGCUCAGGAAUCACCUUCAAUCAAUCUCAGAAUGCGGUGCAUAUCAAUUGAAGGUGUAGUGACUGUAGUCAAAUGACACAUCCAACAUCUCUUUUGAUCGAAGGCUACUGGAGAACGAAUGCAAGGGUUUAUCUAGAUGUAAUCGUUACCGUUAGCCUUUAAUUAAGUUCUUCACCCACACCAAAAAAAAAAAAAAAAGCUCUGAGGUAGAUUUUUCUUUUUUGUUGAUGACCAGUAAAAAAUAAAUAAAUAAAAAUGACCAGCACAUAGUGCUAGAUCAAAGUUUAAAGAAUUGAAAGAGAUUUGAUACCUUUCUCGGCCUUUGGGUUAAAGAUCGAGUGUAGAGAGAUUUGGUUAGCUUUGGUAAUUUCCUUAAACCAAACCCAGAAAAUGCCCAACUUCUGGAAAGUGGAAACCAACGGGCAAAGCAUUGCUGACGAGGUAUCAAUGUCAUGGAAAAUGUUAGCCGCGUUAAAGUUCUUUCGGGCAACAUUGCAUGUCCAUGCCCUCCAUGGUAGUAUAUACGUGAAGGUCUCCAUUUGGAUUUCUAGGUUAGUCCUAGAAGGCUAUGUACACUAUACAUUUAUACGGACUAAAAUGUUCACAUGGUCCCUUACAUUUGGGCUUACUUGAUUUUACGUCUCUAAUAUUAACAUUUCAAUAUCGUAGUCUCAAACAUUAUAUUUUCA